GCCCCCCCUUACCCUUCACCACCAGAGUGACCGAGGGACAGGAGAAGGAGCAGGGGGUGAGGUCGGGCCUCCUCGCAGGAAAGAGUUCAAGGCCAGCUGGUCUGGCUUUGAGGCAAAUCGAUGGACACAGCGAGAUAAAGAAGGGAAAAGAAGAGUUGUGGACAGAAGGAGUGAGAUAAAGACGGUCAAGAGGGAGGAGAAGUGAAGAUUGAAACAGCAGGUUCUGUGAAGACGUUUCUGGAGCAACCAAAACAAACAGAACAGUGAAGAGUGUCAAGAAAAUUGAAGAGUACAUACGUGAAGACAGACGGUUGCACCAUGUGCUAGGAAGGCAGCGGGACAAAAGUGUUGCUUCACCGAUAUCGUUCAAGUGUCCGAGAGAGACGAGGAGGAGAAAAAGAAAAGCGCAGAGAUGGGGCGGAAGAAGAUACAGAUCACCAGGAUCAUGGAUGAGAGGAACAGGCAGGUGACCUUCACAAAGAGGAAGUUUGGCCUGAUGAAAAAAGCCUACGAGCUGAGCGUACUCUGCGACUGUGAGAUCGCACUCAUCAUCUUCAACAGCUCUAACAAACUGUUCCAGUACGCCAGCACAGACAUGGACAAAGUGCUGCUAAAAUACACAGAAUACAACGAGCCCCACGAGAGCAGAACCAACUCUGACAUCGUCGAGAAAUUGAGAAACAAAGGCCAUAAUGACUGUGCUAGUCCCGAUCCCGAUGACUGUUUUGGGCACAGCCCCCUCAUGGACGACCAUUUCGGCAAACUAAGCGAAGAGAGUGAUUUAAUGUACAAGCGCUGUGGUGCGCUAAACAAGAAAGAACACAGAGGUUGUGAUAGCCCGGACCCUGAUGCCUCAUAUGUCCUCACUCCUCACACUGAAGAAAAGUAUAAAAAAAUUAAUGAGGAGUUUGAUAAUAUGAUGAGAAAUCAUAAAAUCCCGACAGCAUUGCCUCAGCAGAACUUCUCCAUGCACGUGGCAGUGCCUGUCUCCAAUCCCAACGCCAUGUACCAAUCUGGAGCGCCGCUUGGAGGUCAGAGUUUGGCGGCCGCUGCAGCCUCUCUGGGCGAAGGUGGGAUGCUGUCCCCUCCGCAAAGCUCGCUGCACAGGAAUGUGGCCUCAAGCGGGGCCCCUCAGAGACCCACCAGUGCCGGCAAUGCAGGGAACGGUUUCGUUAACCCCCGGGGCUCGCCGGGACUCCUCAGCACGCCCAGUGGCAACGGGCUGGGUAAAGUCAUGCCCACCAAGUCCCCGCCGCCCCCUGGAGGCAGCAUGGGAAUGGGGAGCCGCAAGCCAGAGCUAAGGGUCGUCAUCCCGCCAUCCAGCAAAGGAAUGAUGCCCCCGCUGUCGGAGGAGGAGGAAUUGGAUUUGAACACCCAGAGGAUAAGCAGCUCCCAGUCCUCGCAGCCGCUGGCCACUCCAGUGGUGUCUGUCACCACCCCCAGUUUACCGCCGCAGGGCCUGGUCUACUCCGGCAUGCCCACCUCCUACAAUCCUGCUGAGUACUCCCUGAGCAGCGCCGAACUCUCCUCCCUGCAGGGCUUCAGCUCUCCCGGGCUCUCGCUGGGCUCCAUGUCAGCAUGGCAACAGCAUCAACUGGGCCAGGCAGCUCUCAAUUCUUUGGUUGGGGGGGGUCACCUACCUCAAGGUCCCAACCUCUCCAUCAGCACCAACCAGAGCAUCAACAUCAAGUCCGAGCCCAUAUCCCCCCCUCGGGAGCGCGUCACCCCCUCCGGCUUUGCCGCUCAGCCGCAGCAGGGAUCCAGCCGCCAGGAAGUCCUGGGACGUUCUCCCGCCGACAGCCUCAGCUCCUCCUGUAGCUCUUACGACGGCAGCGAUCGAGAAGACCACCGGCCGGACUUCCACUCCCCGCUCGGGCUGGGAAGACCCCCGGCCGGGUCGGAGGAAAGAGAGAGCCCAUCGGUCAAGCGCCUGCGCAUGGACUCCUGGUGACAUAAAGAGCCCGAAACAAACCUCCAGUCACCAGCCAGUCAGGGAGGGGGGAGCGGUGGGACAUGGAGAAUAGAGAGAGAGAGAGCGGGGGUCCUUAGAGAGGUCACACGUUAUUGAGGUCAAACUUAAAUUCUGAAGCAGGAGGCGUCAGGUACUCGGGUGAUGUCUGCAGAACAAAGAUGCUCAGUGGAAGAUUUUGGAUGGUUGCUGUUACAGUCAAAGACAUUUACAUGUAGUCGCUGUUGUGCUCGCAAACAAAUCACACGUUGUGUUGCUUCACCGCUCCGUCGAACACACCCCAGUCUGAAGUGAGAUUUAGCAAUAGAUCACAUGCAGACGUUGUUUUCGGGUUGAUGGUGACUGCAACAACGACACACUGCUCAUUGGCAAACGUGCAAUUCGACAACCUCAGCAGCUCCUCUGUGAUUGAAGCCAAAGCUGUUUGUGUUUCUGUGCAGCUGCCAUCGUUUCCUCUCAUCCUUUCGCCGCGUGUGUCUCCAGAGUUGUCUCAAAUCCGAUCUUUGAAUCUAAAGCCAUGAACACUUGUUUGUACAUUUGAGCCAAACCGCUAUUGUGUGUGUGUGUGUGUGUGUGUGUGGUGUAAAUAGCGACUUAACUACAGAAAUAUAAAAGGCUGGGGGGCGCACUCCCUCACGGUCCCGCGCCCUCUCACAACAGAAAAGUCUAUUUUUGUGGCUGCCGGCCAGGUUUACACGUGCAGAAGCUCCAAAUGUUUUCGCCGCCACCACCCCUGAAUUUGUGUUUUUCCCUAGCGAGUUUGUUCUCCAGACAUUACGAGACGAAAAGGGUGAACACACUGCCAUCGUUCAAUCGACCUUUCACCUCUCCUGCUAGCACCGGCGGUAGCUAAUGUCACAUGACUCCAACUGCCGUUCGGUGAAACUCGUUUCUACAGUUCUAAAUUCAGCCUCCAUCUUAAAAGCUACGUUCACAAUAGCACGUUGCAAACUUCUAUGAAUCAUACAUGAGUACAAUGAUGUCAGAUUCCAGAGCCAGUGUGAUGAAACCCUGAGUUUUUAACACCACAUUGCUUAUUUAUUCUGUUUAUACAGAGUUCCUCUGUUCUUCUUUGGUAGUAAUUCAGUUUCCAGGCCCCAUUGAAGGAAGCUAGGUGUUUUGUUGUUAAAGGCUUUAAAUUCAGUUGUUCAAUUAUUGAUUUAUUAAGAAGUUAAAUAAACAUAGAAGGACAAUCAUAUGGAACAUAGUUUUAUUUAAGUGAUAAAUUAUGAUCAUUUCUAGAGGUAAGUAAAAUUGUGAUUUGAGCAUUCUAAGAAAGGCUAAGCCUCCGGAAUUUUGGAAACACACGAAGAAAAACAUUGAUUAUGAUGACAAAAAUGCAAAUUAAUUUACUUAAUUUGAAAAAAUUGAAGUUGAAAGAAUUGCAAAUAUUAAACAGAAACUGUGAUCGAGAUGGUAAAAGGGUUGAGUAAAUGCUGAAGCAAAAGGGGUGAAUUUUCCCAUGAGUUGAUGUGACUGGGUUAAAAUUUUUGAUGGCAAUGGUUAAAUUAUCACAAAUUUGAAUCUCAGAAUGCCUAAAAAAUAUAAUAAAAAUGUGUCUCAAUAACUAGAAUUAUUAAUUGUAAAUUAAAAAUUUAAAAAUACAUUAAAAAAAUAACUAACAUUAAAAAGAUGAAAGAAUUUGGAGGUUAAAUACAAAAUAAUAAAAUAACAUGGAUGAAAACAAUAAUGUUAAACUGAGAAAUAGAAUUAAAAAUUCCCCUGAAGAGGACUAUAAGUUUUAUUUACACUGAAAAAAACAACAGUAAUUGAGUUCAUUGGAAGUCUAUUUGAGGAAGCAGGCAAAUGCCUUCAUGUUUCCAUUGAGAGGCAAAAGAGGCGGGGCGUCCAUAAAGAAGUAGGCUGCAUAUUUAUCAUUUUACAAAGUGCUGCUGGAUAUCACGCGAGCUUGCUGGUGCACUGGUUAAACCCUGUUGUGAACGUAGCUGCCAAGUCAAACUGCUGUCGACCAUUUAAGGAUCCCAAACCCGUCGUUGCUGUUGAGCGCGCGAGGAGUGCGAGAGGAGAGUCACUUUCUUUUAGUCUCAGUCAUCACAGAAGCAAAUCAUUCAGCAGGACAUAAUCUCAAUGCUGGAUUGCACAUUAACGUGAGAUCUUUGCUGUAGGAGAGAGGUCUCACUCCCCAUUCGCCGCGUCCUCUUUCUGUCCUCGUCAUCCCAGCCCACGACAAUCUAUGCAGUUUCUACCCCAAUUCUAACACGAUGAUGUCAUAGCAGCCCUGCUGGGGUUGCUGAAAAAAACUGAGCUGUAAUUAUGAUUUGGAUUUCAGAGGGCAAUCAACAUCCUUCACUGGACACAGCAGGUGGAAAUAGCAAUAACUAAAGUCGACAACAAAACGUGCCUGCCGGAGCUCGGCAGCAUCACCUCAUAGUUUAGCACAUGACGACAUAUCAGGGAGUUUUGUAGUUCUCUACCUAUAUGCACAGUUAGGAAAUGCCUUAUCCCAAAGAAAGAUAACAUCGAGCAUCAUUUCACUCCGAGUCGGACGCGGCGAAUGUGUGGUGACACUCUCUUGGUCCAGGAGCAGAUGAAUGUGAAAAGGAGAAGGGCGAACCUUUGUCGUGGACUUUCUUCACUUUGCUGUGCAAGAGUACACUGCUUUGCUUCGUGGCUUUUAUAAACAUGUGUUUGGUAAGUGUUUGUAGUUGAUAGUUCACUUAAGUAAUUAAAAAAAGAAAAAAGAAGCUGUUUUCGGUUUGAACGUUCGGACCGUUUGGCGGCAUAAGCUGGACUUUGUUGCCAAGAAUGAAAUUAUUUGAAUUUAAGUUAAAUCUUCAUUUUAUUUCCCUUGAAUGUGUUAUUUUAUUUUCAUUCUACGAUAAAUAUCCAAGUGAACUUUGUAUUAAAGGAUUAAGAUACUAUGCUAGAUAUUGUUGUACAAAAUUUGUAUUCUUCAGAAAAGUACAGAUAUUGGCUUUUAAAUGUGUAAUUAAGUUUUCUCUCUCUUAUUCUGUAUAAAAUGAAGUAAACGACUCUUGCAUAGAAUUUGUUCUCCUGUGAAGUCCCAAACAGUAGGAACUGUCAACUUUAUUAAACACAUCAGUGUAUAACCAACCUCAGCUCAU